AAUUCGAUAACCGAUUUUUCUUUCGACAACCGACACCACAGCGCACACGAGUUAUCUUGCCCGUGAUUGAACCGUCAUUAUAUGGGCGCAGAGAGGCGGAGCCUGAUAAGAACCAUUAUCCGUUUGGCGAGUAAACUCCCGUCUAUGUUCCAUUCUUGUUCGUGUUUCCGUUUCGAUGGUCUGCUCGUCGUCUCGUCGUCGCAUCGUGUACUGCUCAUCGUCUCGCCUCGUCGUUGCUUCGCACGGUGAACGUUCAGAACGCUUUGUCCACGCUUUCGACGCGAUCGUGGAGAUCGCGAGGUGACGUAGCAAGUUAACAGGAUCAAGUGGGUCGCUCCAACGUCCGCUCCUGGCGUUCUUCUGUGUCUACUUUCAGUCGAAUCGCGAGACGAGACGGACUCCGAGGGCCCACGAACACGCGGAGGAGAAGAAAUGGAUGCGAUCAAGCAUGGAUGGUUCAGUGAAAUUAACGAUCUGUGGCCAGGUGUCUCGCUGUCCCUCGAGGUCGUCAAGAUAUUGCAUCGGGAACGAUCGCAGUAUCAGGACGUGAUGGUGCUCGACACGAAAUCACAUGGAAGGACCCUAAUUUUAGAUGGUAUCAUACAAUGCACGGAGAGAGAUGAAUUCUCGUACCAGGAGAUGAUUGCAUUUUUACCAUUGUGCAGCCACCCGAAUCCAAAAACUGUUUUAAUAGUCGGGGGUGGAGACGGUGGAGUUGCUCGUGAAGUAGCAAAACAUCCACAAGUAGAACGAAUCGUACAAGUCGAGAUCGAUCCGAAGGUACUGGAAGUAUCGACGAAAUAUUUGCCUUCUAUGGGUAUUGGAUUGGAUCACCCUAAAGUGACUCUUAAUGUGGGAGAUGGCUUUCAAUUCCUGAAGCAACACCGUGGGGAAUUUGACGUUAUAAUUACUGACAGCAGUGAUCCUAUCGGUCCAGCAGAGUGCCUGUUUCACAAAUCUUACUUCGAUUUGAUGAAAAGUGCAUUGAAACCUGGCGGAAUCGUUUGCAGUCAAGCGGGCACUGCAUGGUUAAAUCUCGAUCACGUGACACGGACUCUGCAACAUUGUAAAUCGCUAUUUUCGGUUGCAUCAUAUGGUGUUGUGUCUGUGCCUACCUACCCCACGGGACAAAUUGGAUUCGUCCUUGGUAGCUUAAGUACCGACACGAAUCUCAAAGAGCCAAGAAAGAUUUUCAGUGAAAGUGAGCUCGAUCAGAUGAACAUGAAAUACUACAACGACGAAGUACACAGAGCUGCAUUCAUUCUCCCAAGGUUUAUAACGAAAGCACUAAACGUGGCACUCGCCGAGAACUAGUCAUCGAAUUUUCUGAGAAAAUAAUAUAAAUCGCUUUUUUAUACACAAGACUUUUGAUACACGAGAAAUCA